CUUCCAGAGCCAAAAACCGCUCACAGAAAUACAGAGAACCUUCUAGACAUAGAGAUUUUCUAUAAACCACACUUCCAAUCUGAGUUGAUCGUCGUGGUAAUCUCCAUUCAUUUUCUCACUCGCACUUUAGUGCUGGUAUCAGAAAUCGUCGUCUUUUCUUUAUCCAUCGACUCAAGGAUGCCGAGCAGAUUUCCUGGAGCCCUUACUCAGGACUGGGAACCAGUCGUCCUGCACAAAUCCAAGCCCAAUGCCCAGGCCCUCCGAGAUCCCAAAGCCGUGAACCAGGCCUUGCGUUCCGGGGCAGCGGUUCAGACGGUGAAGAAGUUCGACGCGGGCUCGAAUAAGAAACCGGCGACGGUGGUGAACGCGAGGAAACUCGACGAGGGAACAGAGCCUGCGGCGCUGGACAAGGUGUCGACGGAGGUGAGACAGGCGAUACAAAAGGCGAGGUUGGCGAAGAAGAUGAGUCAGGCGGAGCUGGCAAAGUUGAUCAACGAGAGGACUCUGGUGGUUCAGGAGUACGAGAACGGGAAAGCGGUGCCCAACCAGGCUGUGUUGGCGAAGAUGGAGAAGGUUCUGAAAGUCAAACUGAGGGGAAAGUCUCACAAGUGACUCGCUUAGCUUGUUGGUUUGACGCUUGACAGUACAUAGUUGUUAUUAUAUGUCCUGUUAUUGGCUUCUUGAAUACUUGUUGCUUCUUGUUGGGGGGUGAUUGUGAAAUUGAUCUUUGGUUGUCAAGACUCAGGAAAGAAAUGACAAGAACCGAAAUGAAAUUAGUGAAUUUAUGUUGUAUAGGAAAUGUUGUAAAGUAGAAAUGGAUUUUGCUACUUUUGUUAGCGAUGAUUGAUUAGUUUGUAUUUGAGUAGAAAGGCCGAUUGUACGAGAAGGAUUGUACUAGCGAUCAUUGUAAAGCGUAUACUCUUCUUGAUGAUA